CAUUGAAGGUGACUAGAAUUUUAUGUCCUGAGUCAAGUAAUGACACAUUCAACCAAUAAUUAGGGGAAUUAAGAAGAAGAAAAUGAAAACCAAUGUCCAUUAGGUGUCCUCUUUUUCUGUUACAUGUGUCUUCACUUGAUUAUUGUUGAAUAGAGAAUCCAUGCACUUGUGGUCACCAUGAUUCUGUGGCUAUUCUGAGAUAUAAAUCAUGUGAAGCCCUUUCCCUCACAUGAUUAUAUAUAAGCUUCCAAUCUUUUUUAUUUCCCUCAUACUCCAAACAGUUGCUGAUUGACCAUGGAAACCUCACCUCUAGCUGUUGAAAGCUUUUCAUAUAGUUGGCUCAUAAAUGUAAAAUCAUCUCUUGAUGGUCUUGGGAGUCCCCUCAGAACAUCUCUUGACAUCUCCGAUGAAGCCACAUCCAAGGGAAAGAACUACAAUGUUUUAAAGUCUCAGAGAUUGAUGGAUGAAGCCCAGAAUUUUAACUUUGAUGUUCCCACCUCUCAGUCUUCUGUUGCUCUCAUUCAUGCUGAUGAGGUUUUCUCCAACGGAUUCAUCGUGCCUAUGUUCAUCGAUCCAUCAAAGAAAGAGGCGUUGGACACCUCACACUCCCUUUCCUCUGUGCCUGUUUCUUCACUUCCCUCAAGACCUGGUAUUCCAGCAGUGGGAAUUCAUUGUAGUUUCUUCAGAAAAUGGCAAAAAUCAUCAAAGAGUGCCUUGUGUAAAUGUUUUGGAUUUUUUAGGCCUUUGCGCGGAAAAAUAGGUGGCUCAAGAAAAAGUAUUAGAGUAGAUGAUAUUGAUAGGAGACUGUGGGAAGCUAAGACUUGGAGGGGUUCACCACAACCAUCUCUGCAGCAAAGUGCAUCUUCCUCCGUAGGUGAUUGGUGUCACAUGGAGAGCUCAAUCCAUGAGGCAGUUCUCUACUGCAAAAGAUCAAUUGAAAAAUGAGACUUGCUUUAUGCAAAAUGGGUGAAAAAGAUUGAAGGAAGAAGAGCUUCUAGAAAUGCAUGGCAAGAUAUUAAGCACCAGUAAUUGUUGUUUGUCCCUUUUCUGCCCUCUUGCUUCACGGCUGUUUAUGUAAAUUUUUGCCUAUGAUACUCUUAAGUCUUAACCAUGGAAAUUCUCAUGUUAAACAAACUAAAUACUAUAUAUCAUUUUUCUUCUUGCUCUUGUAAGGAGAAGAAAUUUCAAACCUCUCAUUAAGUAUAAUUUGAUUUCAGGGUUU